AUGAAAAAGAACAAACCAAACGUAAAAAGGGUAUGCGUGGACCACGGCUUCCAAGGUUUAGUCAAGCGACACGGCUACAAGGGCAUGCCUGCUUCACAUGGCGUUACCAAGACUCAUCGCCGUCCCGGUAACAUUGGAGGUGGUGGCGAAAAGGGACGUGUCUGGCCUGGUACAAAGAUGCCUGGUCAUAUGGGUAAUCGUUGGCGUGUUCUUAAAGGCCUGCGAAUUUGGCGCACUAACGCAAAGUACAAUGUCAUGUGGGUGCAAGGUAGCUCAGUGCCUGGACCUACCGGUGGCCUCGUAUAUAUAUACGAUACGAUUUUGCCCCUGCGGAAGCUGAAGCAAGCUCCGCCAUUUCCGAAAUUUUGCGGUGAGGUGGACACUACUUUUGAGGACAUUUGGUAUGAACAGAUGCACAAGUUUAAGGAUGAAACUAUUAUAUAG